AUGUCCGGUCGGGCCAAAAGCAUAAUGAAUCUUCUUAAAACACAAAAAUCAAUGCAAGACAACGAUAUAUCGACACUGAUAAAAAAUAGAUCUACCGAUAAUCCAUUAGGCUUACGUGGUAAAAAGUGUGCUCCAGAUGAUAUACCACAUUGUAGUAUACUAGUUGAAAAACAAAGGGAGGAAAAACCUAUGCAAGACAAUGAGAUAUCGACAUUGAUAAAUAGAUCUAAUGAUAAUCCAUUAGGCUUACUACACAGAGACUGCAGUGACUUUUAUGAUUCAGAUAAAGACCCGGAGUUAUAUUGCAAAAUUCUAUCACCUAAAAAGAUCAAUAGACCUUCAACCCGCGAUUCUUCAACUAGCGAUUCUUCAAGUAGUAAUUCUUCAAGUAGCAGUUCUUCAUCCAGCGAUUCCUCAUCUCCGUCCAGUUCUAUUGAUAACCAUGAAAUUAUGAAUGAAGUAAAUUAUGAAAAUGCAAGAAUAAAUUAUAAUAACAAUGAAAGUACAGAAAUGAAUUCCAAUUCAGAACUUGAAAUUAUGAGAAAAGGAAAAAAGAGGAAGGUGAAUUCAAAUCAAUGUUCAAUUAAAAAAGCAAAGAUUAACCGAAAUUCUGGAUUAAGCUAUACUUCAGCUUCUAAAAGUAAAAAGAAAUACGAUAUGAGAAAAGUACGUCCUCCCUGUAGUAAUCAGUGA